UGACAACACAACCACUUGCAUGAAAGCUCGAAGUUUGACGUGAUCCAAGGUCAAGGUCAUAUCAGCAUGGCUAGAAAAGGUGAACGUGUUUCUGUGAGUGAAGACGAUGAUGAAGAUAUUUACGACCCUAAAAGCAGGGGAUUCUGUCGUGCAUGUGUCGACUUGUCAAAGUUUGGUCUUACAAAAGCAAAGGAGAUGGUAUCCAAACCGAGUGUAGAGUGUCCGCCGGAUAAAAUUGAACUUGGAAAAGCAACAUGGACUUUGUUGCAUACAAUGGCAGCAUAUUACCCUAUACACCCGACAUUGAAACAACAAGAAGAUAUGAAGAAGUUUUUACAAAUUUUUCCUCAGUUCUUCCCAUGUCGACCAUGUGCUUAUGAUUUUGAGUCUAACAUUAUUGUUCAUCCACCGAAAUUGGAUAGUCGUCAUGCAUUAAGUGGAUGGUUAUGUAUGCAACAUAAUUUAGUGAAUAAAAAGAUUGGCAAACCGUUAUUUGAUUGUACUCAUGUAUUGGAAAGAUGGCGAUAUGGUUGGAAAGAUAAUGAUGAUUGUAAAUUACCAGAACAAGACUAGUAACAUUUUCAAUGACUUGUCUUUUAAUAUAUAUAUUAUGUGUGUGUGUGUUUGGUGAUUGUUCAGAUUUCCUUUCGAUCUAUAUCCUCUUGUUCCUAUGUUUGUUCAGUAGUAUUUUUCAUUAUUACUAAGAAAUAAUGAGUAGUAUGAUAGUGUACACAAAUAAUUCAUUUAGUAUGAAAAUAUAUGCAUUGGACAGUUUGAAUUGAUAUUUCAGUGAUGUUUGUUUUUAUUUUAUAUCAAAAUUAGAAAAAUAUACCUGGUAUUUGCCAA